AGUUUAUGAUGGCUGCUUGGAUAGUUUCAUGGAUUAUGGUAGUGAAAUCCUCUUGUCUUCACUACUCGGUCAGUAGACUAUCAACUACUUUUUGGGGACCCCCAAACAAACGGUGUUAUCAGCAAAAGAGUUACUGGUUACGACAAGAUUUGCCUAUAACAACUUGUGUCUUUUCUGCCGAUGAACCACAAGAUUUAGACGACCAGUUAGAUCCCAAGAACGAGGACAAAGAUAUUCCCGUUGAAGAUAAGUAUGAUACUUGGUCAAGCAGAAAAAGAAACGCUUUUCAGCGCAAUACACCUUGGCAAGUAUUGGUUGAAGAACUCAAUUCGUUCUAUACCCCUGACUACUUGAAACGAUUAUACUAUCGUAACGAGCCCGUUGAAGAGUUCGGUGCUAUUAUGACUUUAGAGGGUUUUAUGAGCAACGCUUUUGAAGUAGAGUUGGAAGCUUGGAACCAAGUGAGUCAAGAAUUCCAGUUGGAGCCUGUAACUGCAGAAGAUUUAUCUUUCACGGAGACUAUGCCAAGAGAAAAGAUCAUCGAACGACGCCUAUUCUGGAGUAAAGAUUGGGGAGAUAUCAACAAAUAUUCGUUUCGUCAAGCAGAAAUAUUUUUCGAGAUUAUAAAAACCAAGCAGCAGUUGUGUUUACGUCCAGGAGUCAAGUCGUGGUUGGAACAAUUGAGCAAAUAUCACAUACCGAUUGCCAUAACAACUGGCUUGGAUCAAACUAUUGCUGAUGAAAUGAUACAACAAUGGGAAUUGACAUCAGUUAUUGAGACUUGUGUCAAUCGAGAAGAAUGUGAAAACCUACAACAGGAAUUGUUACUUGCCACUUCCCGAAUACAACGUGCCCCACGUUUUUGUGUCGUUUUUGACAACACACCGAGAGUAAUGGUAGCAGCUCAUGAUGUCACAAGUAAAGCAGUUGCGUUGUUAGGAAGAUACAAAGCUUAUGACCUGAAAGUUGCGGACAUGAUUAUACGUGACAUCGAUGAGUUGAAAGUAUCCGAUAUGAAUGCGUUAUUUGGUGAUGUAGCAAAAGACCCCGAAACUCUAGUGGGUGGUCCAUUUGGUUGAUAUUAGUAUAAGAUAUGAAUUGUGUA